AUGGCGCCUAUCCGGGUCGGGAUCGUGGGGUUGUCGAGCAAGCCAGGGGCCUGGGCGACGCUGGCACACCUGCCUCGACUGGCAGCCUCGCCGAACUACCAGAUCGUGGCGCUGUGCAACUCGAGCAUGGAGUCGACGCGGGCGGCGAUCAAGGCACACGGCCUACCGGAGACGACGAGAGCGUAUGAUACGUACGAAGGGCUGGCGGCAGACCCGGAGGUCGACUUGUACGUCGUGUCCACUCGUGCAGACACGCACUAUGACGUCGCCAUGCCGGCGCUGAAAGCCGGGCGCAAUAUCUACGUCGAGUGGCCGCUGGCGGCGACGACGGCGCAGGCCAAGGAGAUGGCGGAUCUCGCAAGGCAGAAGAACCUGAAGACUAUCAUUGGACUGCAAGGGCGGGUUGCUCCGAGCGUCAAGAAGGUCAAAGAGCUCGUCGACUCGGGUGUAUUGGGGGAGAUUCACAGUGUGAACUUCCAGGGCGCCAUCCAUGUGUGGCAGAACAAUGCGGCGGGGAGUCGAUAUCAUUAUUUCAUGGACCGGAAAGUGGGCGGGAAUCUGUUGACCAUAUACGGUGGGCAUAUAUUGGAUUCAAUCUUCUACGCGGUCGGGGAGUUACAGCCUGGCAAAUAUGUGCCGAUGGCAGCGAACCUCAGGCCGAAAAUGCACAUCACGCAAGAGGAUGGGUCGCUGUCGAAAGAACUAUACGACAAAAACACCCCGGACCAGAUCCUGCUGCAGGGACGAUUGGGUAGGAGUCCGCCGGCGGUGUUCAGUUUCCACCUGAGAGCAGGAGACCGGUUCAUCAACAGUUCGGGAUCGGUGUGGAAGAUAUAUGGAACGAAGGGAGAACUGAGAGUGGAAUUCGCCAGUGCGGGGCCACAGAUUGGAGCAGCGACGAGUAUCCGAUUCUCAAACGCGGAAAAGGGUGAAAUUGAGGAUAUCAGUAUUGGCGAGGGAGGGAGUGAGUGGACGGAUCUCCCCACGCAAGGCCAGAAUAUCGGUCGGUUAUAUGAGGCUUAUGCUACGGGAGAGCCGUACGCAGACUUCGACCUGGCCGUGAAAAGGCACGAACUGAUGGACGAGUUCUGGGCUGUUUUAGAAUGA